ACACAGUUAGUAUGACAUUACACUCUGAUCAGAUUGUCGGUCUUACUACCCCAAGAAUUUCACACCUUCAUACUUGCACUGGUGUCAUUGGCAACCUAACGGGAGACAUUAAGGUUGAAAUACAGUUGGCAGGUAACGCUAACUAUCAAUCAAUAAGUCCUAGUUAUUCAACAAUAACAGAUACAACAGUAAACUGUGAAAUAAUGAGAGUCCUCAAGUUUUGGCUUGGAUUCACUGCAGCUAUGUACAAUGCAACUAUCAGAUGUCAAGUAACAAAUGGCCUUUUUUCUGAUGGCUCGCCUAAAUACUCUAGCAGUGAAACUCUUCAACUUGUUUCAAGUGACUUUUGUGAACAGAAUUUCAAUGGAACCAUAACCAACAAAUAUCAUCAUCCAACAACUUGUCAUAGAUAUGUUACUUGUGAAGAUAGAGGACCCUCUGUUCAAGCAUGUCCAGGCAAUAUUUGCUUUAGUUUAGAAAGAGAUUAUUGUGAUUAUUGCUCUAAUGUAAAAACAUGUCCGUAACGAAACCAAAACCUUAUAAAACUUGUUGGAUUUUUCACAUCUAUAUUUAUAUGAAAAAAUUUCAAUUCACGCUGUUGAUUAUUGUUGAUCACCUUCGAAAUAUUGCAGAAGAACAAAACUAUCACAAUAAGUAUAAAUACUUUAAAAUGCGAUUUUGUUCUAGAAAGAGAGAUACCAUAUAUGUAUCCAUAAACAUAUUUGCAUGCAUUUUUGUGAAAUUGCAUGCCUUUUCCAACAGACUUUGUCAAUAGGGAGCCAACAAACCAAUAUGUUUGGUUAAUUUGAUUACAAAUAGAUAUACAACAGUUUGGACUCAAAAUAUAAGUAAAAAUGCAUUGCAUGUUUUUAAGAUUAUAUCCUUCUUUUGAACUAUAAAUAGCUAAAACACUUAGUAAUUCACGGUCACAUAUCACUGAUUUACAUUUACUCUUAGAUAGUACAACUUUGUUGUAUAUGCAUAAAUACUUCUAUUUAUACAAUUUCGGAUAAAAUACUGUAUGUGCAUACAAAGAAGUGGGCACUCUUCUUGCUUUAUUGAUACACAUGUUGUAUGUGGUACUUGGUAACUACAGCUUUCGACAAUAACUUUUGUCAACUCUUUUCUUCUUUGUACUAUUUAAUUACAAAACUAAAGGAUGUAAAAGUUCACACAGUUCAUUUGUACUGUUUAUACAUACUUUUAAAAAUAUUUUGCUUUCUACCAUCCAUUUCUAACUAAAAAUUAUUUUAUUAAAAGACAAUACAUGUAUAAGUGCUAGUUUCAAUCUGGACAAAUUACACUGAAAUGAGAGAUGUGUCUGCACAGGUAAGAUGAGGUCAGUGGUCUUGUAUCUGUAUACGGGGUGCAUGUGUGUACAAUGUAUAUAUAUAUUUGUAUUUGUUUGUUUUGUUUUACAUUUGUAUGAAUUCGUGCAUGUGUGUUGGUUAAUAUGAUG